AUGAGCGAUCCCACCAACUUCCAGGUACCACCUCCAAGCUAUCAUGCUUCCCAAGCAGCAUGGCAUCCUGAGCAGAAUGAUAGCGGACGAGCCGAGCCUGCUCCUCCUCCAUAUCACAACUGGCAGGAACUGGUGCCCGACACAGCAACAUUGCCUCCGCCGCCGGUGACAGGCUAUUUCUGUUCAAAUGCUGGCAACGCAUCCCGUGAUGACGCAGAGCGCGCUCAUGAAUUCUGCGACAGGGUGCCUUUGCAUCCGCCGGCGAAGCCUUCGGCUGCUGUCUAUGACUUUGUACAGAGAUAUGACCUCCGCCCUGUGCAGCCGAGUGAGUUUCAUGGUAGCCUUACUGCCACACACCCAGGUCGAUGGAAAGGUUCUACGAAGAACGGGAACGGUGACUGCAUAAUUACCACAAGCCUGCCUCUUUAUUUUCCAGUUAAUGAUUCCCCUUAUAUCACCGAAAAGAGCAAAACCAUAUAUUUCGAGGUCAAAUUGCUUGGUCUCCGUGCCGGGCCUGGGACUGGGACUGCUGAUUCGAGCGGGUUAUCUAUUGGAUUUGUCGCGCAGCCUUAUCCCUCUUGGCGGUCUCCCGGCUGGGAGAGGGGUAGCCUUGCUGUUUUCUCUGAUGACGGCUGUCGCUUCGUGAAUGAUUCGUGGGGAGGGAAGCAAUUCACAGACGCCUUUAAUGUGAACGAUACUGUUGGUCUGGGGAUGGUCUUUCGCCUUCCAGAACAUCUAAGUGGAGCUUCAGGAACCGCGUGUAAGAGACUCCAAGUCGAUGUCUUCUUCACCAGAAAUGGGCAAAGAGGAGGAGGCUGGAACCUCCAUGAAGAAGUCGACCAGGAGGCUGGAGGCGUUGAGGGAUUGGAAGGAGACUAUGACUUAUAUGGUGCCAUAGGACUCUUUGGUGGAGUCGACUUCGAAGUCUGUUUUCAUCCCGCUGGCUGGUUAUGGAAGCCUAGUGAUGGGUCAUGA